AAAGGGUCAGGCAGAGCGAGUUGAUUUCCCCAUACAAGGAACGAGAUACAGGUCGCGAGCCAAGCAUCAAGAUACUCGUUUCAACGUUCGAAAAAUCCACUCGCAUAUACCCCUACCCUGUCAUUCCAUCUCCUUCAACCAUGGCUUACGCACUCCGUAGCAGAGGCGGCGCUCCUUCGGCCGAGGUGAUAACUGGGAUCCAGAAAGCCCUCGACAUGUACGGUGCCGACCGCGUCACCGUUAGCCAGAGCGAGACUGGCCAGGGAGUCCGCAUUGUGUUCAACGAUGAGGACUUCGAACCGAUCGCGCACCAGGCCGCCAGUGACGCGCGUCAGGGCAGCAGUGUCGGGUCGUCCGACGACGACAUGGAUGAUGAAGACGAGUACGCAGCCACGGAGGUCGAGUACGCAGCCACGGAGGUCGAGUAUGCCGCCACAGAGAUCAACGACGACGUUGACAUGGAGCUGGAUCCAGUUGCCGGGCCCAGCAGGAUCAAGGGACACGCCAUCAACGGCGCUUCCAUCGCCUCCAGGGCCAACGCAUCAGACAGGGCGGAGAUGGGGGAGGGAGGAUCGUCAGCGACGCUGGCGCCGCCUGCGCCGCUGGACAAGGAGAGGGAGCGGCGGGAAUGGGCGCGGCACUGGGCUGCGCUGCAAGAGAGGAUGGUGCGCGCUUUGGUGGGGCAGGCGAUGGCAGCGGCGGCACGCGGGGACAAGACUGGUGCUCCUCUUCCUCAACAGCCCACUCACCAGGCCCUGGUCAUGCAGGAGGUGAUAAAUGACUAUCUUCCCGCCAUCGAGGAAGACUUCCAGCAGCGCCUGCAGGCGGCGAGGACGUACGAUCCGAGCCAGAAGGGCAAAGCUAAGGCCAUCGACCUGAAGCGGGUGGAAGAGAUCAGGGCAAUGGUAGGGACUCCUGGCCAUGAGACGACGACCGUCGUCCGUAGAACUCGGUUCAAAAACGCACUCGCCCCGUCUGGCACGUUGAUCAUGGACCAUGAUACCGGGCUGCCGAAACAGAAGGCGGUCGGUUUGUGCACCGUCAGGAGAACACAGCGAUUCGAAGUGAUCGAGCCACCCCCGGAAGUAAACAACUAUGAUCGGCGCACGGACAGGAGGGACAAGCGCGGAGCGCCCAUCAUCGAGAAGCUCAAGCGGAUAGACAAGACGACAAUCGUGAAGGAGGUGGUCGAGGAGGUCGAGAUAGACACGGAAUGAACUGAGGCGUCCUACUAAUAGAACUUGUUCCGCCGUAUAAUAACCGUUAACCAAGUGAUGAUGAGGAAAGAAAGGGACAUAAGGCCUGGAGCCUCAUCGGCAACCAGGACCUGUCGGCAUAGAGAGACAUAAUUGAACGCACUCGGUCUUGUACUGGCGGGUAUCUGUGAGGGGGCGCGACUUCCAGCGUCUCC